AUGAAUACAAUCAGCAAGUAUGUGCAGUAUCUGCGACAAAUUCACAUUUUAUCAUCAAAUAUUUUGAAGCAACGGUUUACAAUUAAUCAAAAACAUCAGUUUUCAACAAAUAUAAAUUCAAAAUUGUUAUAUGUUUCGUCAAGUUUUAAAACAAUGAGACAUGCAUCAAAUACUAUAAGUCAGUCGGGCUUAUCUAACAUAGAUACUACCAAUGAUGUUUUAAUAACUAGUAUUAAAAACGCAAAACAAACGAGUGAUGUGAUUCAAAUGUUAAGGCUUCACAACACUGCGAUGAGUGCUCCACAACAUUUACAAGCAUUAAAUUCUUUAUUUUUACUACAAAAAAGUAAUAGAACAAAACUGUCAAAGGAAGAACUAACACGAAGUCCAGAAUUUACAGCAAUGUGUCGCAAAAUUCAAAAUUAUUCAAGAAAUCUUGAACUAAAUGAUGUAAUGAAUAGUGUCAAGUGCUUAUCUUAUUUGGGUGUAUCUGUUAAUAGUAACAUAAUGCAAAUGUUAUUACAGUUGAUUAGUAAAAUGAUAAAUGAUAUGUCUUUACAACAAAUCACAUUUUUACAUUUUUUAUUAAAAGAAUUAUCAUCAUGCCCUUUAGUCGAUGCUUUAAAACUUGCUUUGCCAAUUGUUUUUGAGACACAAGUACAAUACAAACUAGAAGAUAAUUUAUAUUGGCAAGUGGAAUUCCUCAACUAUAUAGCUAAACAUAGAUUGUCUCAAGAAACAUAUGACUUUGUCAUGUCAAGAAUUAUAAAAAAUAUUGAUCAAAUUAGUCCUAAAAUUGUUCAAAGUUUAUUACUUUGUUUGUAUUACAAACACUAUUCAACUGAAAAAUAUAUUGAUACAAUUAACAGAUGCUUACAAUAUUAUAUGAACCAUCUAGAAUACAUAGCAGAUGUUUCAGAUCUUGACGCUAUCUUGUCAAGAAUGAUAAAUAAGUAUUCCACAGAUUCUGAGUUGUUUUAUAACGAACAAUUUAUAAAUACAGUCAUGGAAUUCUUGAUGAAAAAAGAAGAUAGUUUUGAAAUUCUAGCAUUCAUAUUAAAAAAAUUAAAUAGGAUUGGAUAUGUUCACCAUAGAUUACUUGAUUACAUGACAAAUAAACUGACCAGCAAACAUGAUAUUUUAGAGAAUAUUAAAUUUGGAGUAUUAUUAUCUUACAUUGCAGCCUGUGCCAAUGCAAAUUAUGUUCCACCAGGUUUUGAGGAGUUAAAACCACUUAUUUUGACAAGACUUAACAUUCAAAAGGAUGUUUUAGAACUACCAUGGCUAGUAGCAACAUUCGACUUGGCUGUUUUGGGAUGUUGGUCAGAAGAACUUCUGGAAAGAGUAUUUUCUAGAGAUUUUCUUUAUGGAUUCUUAAAACGAAGUGAUAAUAUAUAUGAUCAUAUUAUGCUGCUCAAAUUGUACCAGGCUUCAAAGACUUUAUACCCUGGAGGUUAUAAAGGAUCAUUUCCACCUCAGGAAAUUAUUGAAAAAUCUAUUGAUAUUUAUCAACACAAUAUUAAUGAUUUUCCACUAAAAGCUGCUUUAGAACAUGGUUUGGGUGGAAGUGAUUAUGUACUAACAGGGGUCAGAAGCCAAUUGGGACAUUUUAUUGAUCAUUUAGUAGUUAUGAGACCAGGUGGAUAUCCUGUUGCCAUUAAAAAUGAAUUCAAAGAUGAUAAAUCAUUAUUUUUGGAAAACAUUGUUGAUGCUAGUGAUAAUCUUGCAAUUGGCAUAUUACUUUAUAAACCAAAUAGUUAUGUCAUCAAUUUAAAUUGUUUAAGAGGUCCAUACAUGCUUACAAACAAAACCAUUGAAUCUUUGGGUAUAGCAGUUUUACCGAUAUCAAUGGAUGUUUGGGAUGGCCUUAUUGAUUAUGAAAAGAUACCUUACAUUAUGAGAGAGUUAAAAUCAAAGGCUGAUCAUAAUUUAAUUACAGAAUAG